AUGCUCCUGAAAGUGUCCCAAAACACCCUGAUCCAUCCAUCGAUCCCUAAAGAUAGUGUUUUAUCUGUUGCAGAUAUUGCGACAGGGACCGGCAUUUGGCUGAAGGACGUUUCGCAAAUGUUGGAAAACUCCCACAUCCGGCGUUACUACCAUGGGUUUGAUAUCUCACCGGAACAAUUUCCCAAGGAUCCAGGGAGCAUCGCGUUUUCGGUUCACGAUAUAACGAAACCAUUUCCUAAAGAACAUUGGAAUAGGUAUGACCUAGUCCAUGUGCGACUAUUGGUUGUUGCUCUCGAAGAAUCUGAAUACAAAGCUGCAGUUUCCAACCUCUAUACCAUCUUGAAGCCCGGCGGCUUUCUUCAGUGGGAGGAGGUCGAUGAAGAAACAUACAUAUCAGAUUCCAACCCAGUCAUUUGGGAGAUUCGGAGAUGCUUUAGUUCUUCACUCAAGGCCGAGGGAAAAUGUUUCCAAGCAUCAGCAAAGAUCUACGAUGAGUGCAUGGCAGCUGGUUUCCUGGAUGUUGUACGGCUGGCCUAUGACUCAGAUUGCGUUAGUAAUGUACGUCUCGACACAGAGGAAGGACUUGCAGCACUUAUUGAAACGCUAUAUGCCAAUUUUCUCUUGCGAUCUGGGCAAGUUGAUGACGAAAAGGCGGCAUUAAGGCAGGCUGCGGAGUUGAUCGAGCAACAUUGGCGCCUUUGUGAAAAUGGAAAUUCUCCGCCGCUGAAGCUGAUGAGGGUCGUUGGUCAGAAGCGACUACGUGAUGGGUGCCUAUAA